CACCGAACUGAACAUACGUGCACAUUUCUCCAAAAUCUUUGUAAAAGUCUUAUCUAUUCCCCUCCAAGACCUGGGAACUUUCUGAGAGCCUUAUCCUGAAAAACACUUCUUCUUCUUCUUCUUCUUCUUCUUCUUCAGCCAUGAUGUGGGAAUGGGAAGAGUUAGACGACGCCGUUCCGCAAAACGACCAGCCUGAUACCGAUUUCUACCUCAACUUCGAUCUCUUCUCUGCUCUCUCUAAGCCCAAGGAUUAUUAUAAGAUAUUGGAAGUGGAUUAUGAUGCUACGGAUGAUGCUAUUCGUUCUAAUUACAUUCGUCUAGCUCUGAAAUGGCACCCAGACAAGCAGAAAGACCAAGGUGCUGCCACCACGCGGUUCCAAGAGAUAAACGAGGCUUAUCAGGUUUUGAGUGAUCCUGUAAAGAGGAGAGAAUAUGACAGGAACGGGAUGCUUUACGCUUACGAUUAUGAUAUCAUUGAUUAUCUUAACCGCUACAAGGGCCUUAUAUUGACUUGCAACGGCCUUGGAAUGAAGCAUUCUAUAUGGUAAACUGAACCAAAUACCAAAGACAUCUCCUUCCAGUGCAUUUAGGACAGUUUUUUUGAAGUACCUGGCACUGCAUGCCAUGCCAUGCUCCUGGAAUCCAGCCACAUGCUCGAGUUGUGGUGUCCUACAGGGCUAGUUUGAUUUCAUGCUUUAUGUCAAAAAGAAAAAAGAGCAACAGAAGUUAGAUAUCUAUAUCUUGUAGCAUCAAAUGCUCGCCCUCCUUGUACAUGCUUUACUGUGUAUGUGUUAAAUGACUUAAUGGUAGAUUUAGUGACUUAAUGUAGCAGAAAUAUAAAAAUCGAGGUAACUACUAAAUCUCUUUAAUCUGAA